CUUCCAGAGGCCCAGGAAGAGGGUGAACCUUCCCCUCUCCAGGAGGAGGGCCAGGGUCAGCACCCACAGGCCUCCGAGGGGAGUGAACCACCUACAACCCAGGAGGAGUCCCCAGCUCAGCAUCCACACACCCCUGAGGAGGUUGAACCUUCUUCAACCCAGCAGGAGGCUCCAGCUCAGUAUCCUCAGGCAUCAGAGGAGGGUGAGCCUUUUCCAACCCAACCAGAGACCCCAACUCAGUAUCCAGAGCCCCUUGAGGGGACUGAACCUUCUCCAGCCCAGUCAGAGGCCACAACUCAGCAUCCAAAUCCCCUUGGGGAAGUUAAACCUGCAACCUAUCAGGAGGCCCCAAGUCAGCAUCCACAGACCUCUGAGGAAAUUAACCGUUCUGCCACUCAACAGGAAGCCACAGCUCAACAUCCAGAGCCUUCUGGUGAACCUUCUCCAACCCAACAGGAGGCCCCAGCUCACUCUCCAGAACAUCCAGAGGUAACAGUUUUUCCUCAAGGUCAGAAUCAAGCUCAGCUCCUGCUGUUGCCUAAUGUCACUGUUAAACCUGUGGAUCCUUCAGUUACCAUGACCUCAGAAUCCACUAAUGAGGUUGAAGCUUCUCCACUCCGAGAAGAGGCCUCAGCUCAGUCUGGAGUGUCCCCUGAGCAGUUGGAACCUUCUCCAAUCCAGCAGGAGGUCCCACAUCAGCAUCCAGCUGCCCCUGAAAAUGUUGAGCCUUCUCCAAUCCAGCAGGGAGUCUCCACUAUGCCUGAAGAUCUUCCUGAGGAAAUUGACCUUUCUCCAAGCCAGCAGGAGAGCUCAGCUCUGCCUCAAGUGCCUGUUGCAAGUAUAGAACCUUCUCCAAUCCAGCAAGAGGUCCCAGCUCAGCAACCAAAGCCCAAUGAGGGGGUCGAGUCUUUUCCAGUUCAGUAUGAGCAUCCAGCUCAGCCUCCAGGGUCCUCUACAGAUGUUGUAGCUCAGUCUCCAGUACAGCAUGAGGUGACAUUCUCACCUCCAGGUCCAGGUGAAGCUCAGCAUCCAGUGUCGCCUAAUAUCACAGUUAAACCUGUGGAUCUGAGGGUUUUCAUAAGUCCCCAGGCAACUAAGGAGGUUAAACCUCUUCCAGUGCAGCAGGAUGUCCCUGCUCAAUCUCCCCCUGAGCAAGUUGAAUUUUCUCCAGCUCAGUCCAAGCGUCUUUCCCAGUCUCCAGAGUCCCCUGAAGAUGAGUCUUCUCCAGGCCAACAAGAGGUCCUAGCUCAGCCUUCAGAGCCUCCUGAGAAGGUGGCACCAUCUCCAGUCCAGCAGGAAACCCUAUCUCUACCUCUCGAGCCACUUAAGGAGAUAGAACCUUCUCUAACACAACAGGAGGUACAAGCUCAGCCUUCAGAGGCCCCUGAGAAGGUAGAACCAUCUCCAAUUCUGCAGCAGGCUCCAACUCAACCUCCCGAGCCCUCUAAGGAGGCAGAAACUCCUCCAGCCCAGCAGGAGGCCCCCGUUCAGCCUCCAGAGCCACCUGAGGAGGUUGUAGCACAACCUCCAGUCCAUAAUGAGGUGACAGUUCCACCGCUAGGACAAGAGCAAGCUCAGCAUCCAAACUUGCCCAAUGUUACUGUUCAGCCUGCUGACCUGGAGCUUACUGUAACUCCAGAACCUACUGUGGAGGCUGAGCAUUCUACAAUCAUGCAGCAGACUAUAGCUCCUCCAGAGGACACUGAGGUGACACCUCCACAUCCAGAGCAGGUCCAGGCUCAGCAUCCAAAUUUGACUGAAGCCAGAGUUCAGCCUUUAGACCCGGAACUGACCAUAACUCCAGAACCCGCUACAGAGGUUGAAACUUCAACCACGCAAGAGAUCCCAGGUCACCCUUCGGGGCCACCUAAGGAGGUUGUAGUUCAGCCUCCACUGUUUCGGGAGGUGACAGUUCCAACUCCAGGUCUGGAUCAAGCUCGUCAUCCAUUGUCACCUAAGGUAACAGUUCAGCCUUUGGACCUAGAGCUUACCAUAACUCCAGAACCCACUAUGGAGGUUAAAGCUUCUACAGCCCUGAAGAAAACUACAGCUCCUCCAGAGGACCUUGAGGUAACAUUUGCACAUCUAGAGCAGGUUCAGGUUCAGCCUUCACCCUUGAAUAAGGCCAAAACUCAACAGACCCCAGACCAGCCUCCAGAGCCGCCUAAGGAACUUGUAGCUCAAGCUCCAGUAUAUCAAGAGGCAGCAGUUCCAACACCAGAUCAGGAUCAAGCUCAGCGUCUGUGGUUGCCGAAUGUAAGAGUUCAGCCUUUGGACUUGGUGCUUACUGUAACUCCAGAACCCACUACGGAUGUUAAACAUCCCUCAGCCCUGCAGCAGACUAACACUCCUCCAGAGGACCUUGAGGUGACAUUUCCACAUUCAGAGCACAUUCAGCAUCCAACCUUAACUAAAGUCACAGUUAAACCUUUGGACCCAGGGCUUCCCAUAACUCCAGAAUCCACUACAGACACUGAACCUGCUCUAACCAUGCAAGAGACCCCAACCCAGCCUCCAGAGCCACCUAAGGAGGUUGUUCCGUAUCCAUCCCAACAGGAAGUGACAGUUCCUACUCCAAGUAAGGAUCAAGGUCAGCAACCAACAUUGCCCAGUGUCACAGCUCAUCAUGUGGACUUGGGGCUUACCAUAACUCCAGGACCUACUACAGAGGCUGAACAUUCUACACCCAUGAAGGAGACUACAGCUCCUCCUCCAAAGGACCUGGAGGUGACGUUUGCACAUCCAGAGCAGGUUCAGAGUCAGCAUCCAAACCUGACUGAAGUCACAGUUCCACCUAUGGACCUGGAACUUACUGUAACCGCAGGAUCCAGUGUGGAGACUGAACCUUCUCCAACCACGCGAGACACCCCAACUCAGCCUCCAGAGCCACCUAAGGAGGUUGUAGUUCAAUAUCCAUUCGAGCAGGAAGUGACAGUUCCAACUCCAAGUAAGGAUCAAGGUCCGCAUCCAGCAUCACCCAUCAUCCCAUUUCGUCAUGUGGAGCUUACUGUAACUCCAGAACCUAUUGCAGAGGCUGAACAUUCGACAACCCUGAAGAAGACUACAACUCCUCCCCCAAAGGACCUUGAGGUGACACUUGCACAUCCAGAACAGGUUCAGAGUCAACAUCGAAACCUGACUGAAGUCACGGUUCCACCUAUGGACCUAGAAAUUCCUGUAAGUCAGCAACCAGAGUCAUUUGAGACAGGUUUUCCUCCAACAACUCAACAUUCUGUGGUGCAUUUUGUAAACUAUACCUCAGAAAAGGCAUACACAACUUUAACUUGGCAACCAGAACAGAAUGCCACCACAAACCUCAAACUAUGUGAGCGCUGUACCUGCAAAGAUGAGACACUGUCGUGUGUUGGUCUCAGCCUACAGCAGAGGCUCCGCAGAGUGCCCGUGCCAGAGCCCGACACCUACAACGGCACCUUCACCAUCUUAAAUUUCCAAGGAAACUCUAUUUCUUACAUUGAUGAAAAUGUAUGGAAGGGAUACCGUUGGGCUGAGAAACUAAUUCUCCGUGAAAAUUAUCUGAGCGAAUUACGUAAAGACACAUUUGAAGGCCUGCUAUCCCUCCAGUAUUUAGAUUUAUCCUGCAAUCAAAUACAAUCUAUUGAAAGACGUACAUUUGAAUCACUACCUUUUUUGCAGUUUAUAAAUCUUGGUUGCAAUUUACUCACCGAACUGAGCUUUGGAACAUUUCAGGCCUGGCAUGGAAUGCAGUUUUUACACAAGCUAAUUAUCAGUCGUAACCCUCUGUCAGCUGUUGAAGAUUCCUAUCUUUUUAAGUUGCCAGCAUUAAAAUAUUUAGACAUGGGAUCAACACAGGUGUCACUUACAACAGUUGAGAGCAUCCUCAUGAUGACCCUUGAAUUGGAAACACUGAUAUUACCUAGCCGUAUGGCCUGCUGUCUCUGCCAAUUUAAAAAUACUAUUGAGGUUGUCUGUAAGACAGUCAAGCUACAUUGUGACAGUGCAUGUCUGACAAAUGGCACACGUUGUGAUCAGGAAGUAUACCUAAGGAAUGCAGAAGGAUCAUUCAUGAAGGUAUUGAAAGCUCGAAAGAAGAGCACCAGCACGGAGCUGACUAUUGAGCCAGAGAAGGCAUCCUCAGACAUAGAUCGUGUCAGUUUGUCAGCCUUUAUGAAUGAGCAGCUAGACUUCAAUAACGAAAGUGAUGUCAUUAGUGCACUGAAUUACAUAUUGCCUUAUUUCUCGGAGGGCAAUCUAGAAGACGUAGAAUCGACGCUGUUACCGUUCAUUAAAUUUCUGUUUUCAAAUGGGCAAGAGGGAGACAAGCCCGUGGGUUACUCGAUGAACGACACAGGGGACCCUUCUCUUCAACCUGGAUCCAACAAUUCAACUUACAAGAAUAAACUGAGAAAACUCUACUUUCUGGAAAAUUUGUUAGAUGCAGAAAUUCAGGAAAAAAUCGAUGAGGUGAAAAAGAAAGAAAAAACGGCCAUGCUUAUACAUUCCAGCCUUUUAGGUCCCAAGUUUAAACGUCAAAUCUUUCCAAAGAAAUUGGAAACUGCCCAACCGCAGGAGAAGAGCGUAGACGAAGUUGAGAGUGUGGGGAAAAAGUUCCUGAGAGUGAACAAGGUCAUCAGGGGCCCAAAGGGCAUACGGAAAAGGCACUUCAAAGAACUGAGACGUCAGAACAUCCAGAGGAAACAGAACGCCCAGCCGUCUGUGGAGAACAUGGCCAAGGAGAGAAGGCUCAGGAGACCAUCCCCAGGGGAGCUUCACGUGGCGCACAGGCCCAGCAACUUAGUGGGAAGCUCCUUCGACACAGAGCCUUCGUUCGCAGAGGAGCACAAGGCAGCGGUCUCUUCUUUCAUGAAGCAAUACCUUUUGGACAGGCCUUCUGCCACCCCCGCUCCAAAAUCCCCACCUGACGUGAAAAAAAAAUCAAAAGACUUCAUGUACAGCAUUUUUCUUUUAGAAGAUGCAAAUGCUAGAGUUAGAAAUAUGAAGGCUUUCGGACCAGCCUCACACCCCAGAAAAACACACCGCUUUCAUAAAAGUCGCUCCCGUGUGGUCCACAGAACACCCAAGGCCAAACUGAGUCGAAAGUCCAGAAAGGAAAGUUCACUCAGUACUAGACAGCUGCUUGCAAAGAGGCCUCCAUCCUCUGCAGUCAGGAGCCUCGUAAAUUCCCCUUCACGAGAGGAUUUUUCAUCUCCGGGAGAACUGAGUCCUCAGAAAAAUCCUUUUCCAGAAUUAUUUGCUCCUUCAGGAACUUACAGAGAAAACACUACUGCAGAGAACACUACUGCCCAAAAUGUUGCUGACGAAAAUAUUUCUACAGGAAACACUACUGUGCCAGCACAAACUCUCCCUGAAUUCACAAACCGUAAGAAUCUUUCCACUGCUAAUUCUGUUACUGCAGACAACUCUACGCCGACCGUUAAACAAACCAAUGAUACACAAUGGGAAUACCACAAUGCGGGCACUGGCUUGCCCCCAAAAGCCACAGGCUUCACUGUGUCAAAGCUCUCGUCCUCAGGUGAUCUGUUUGAAAUUCAGUUAAACCAGCAGCUACGGUCCCUCAUCCCCAACAAUCACGUGAGAAGCCUCAUUUCUCAUGUUAUCCGGACUUUGAAAAUGGACUGCUCUGAGACCCACAUGCAGCUGGCCUGUGCCAAGCUCAUCUCCAGAACAGGCCUCCUGAUGAAGCUUCUCAGCGAGCAGCAAGAAGUAAAGGUGUCCAAGGCAGAGUGGGAUACGGACCAAUGGAAAAAUGAGAAUUAUAUCAAUGAGAGCACAGAAGUCCAGAGUGAACAGAGAGGGCAGGAGUCAAGGGAGCUCACAAAAGAAGUUCCAGGCUAUGGCUAUAACAACAAACUCAUCUUGGCAAUAUCUGUGACUGUAGUAGUGAUGAUUUUGAUCACAGUUUUCUGUCUCAUUGAGGUAAGGACAACAAUUCAUUCAGAUUCCCAGACUAUAUUCCUUCUUUAUAAUAGA